AUGAUCAAACAAGAGGAUGAUAUUCCUGGGGUCGCUGAAGCCAAAUCAGAAGAUCUCAGUACCAAUACUCCAGCGGAUGGUACAUGUAGUGUCCCAGAACAAUCUAGCUCGAAUGAAAACACAUACGAGAGAGCAGUAAAAGAAGAACGGUAUUCACCUUUCUCUAAGUCCGCGGGAGGAAACGAUGACGACGAGAAAGAAUACUGCAGCGGAAAUAGUUAUUCAUCAGAGUCCUCCGAUCAUUAUGUUCGUCUCCGGGGCCUUCCUUUUAAUUCAGCCGAAGAAGACAUAAUAAAUUUUUUAUCAGGUGUUAAAGUUCUUGAUGUCAUAAUACUUACGGGAAGAGAUGGUAGGCCAAGUGGCGAGGCAUAUUGUCAAUUGGAAUCACAAGAAGAUAUCGAUAAAGCUUUAGAAUAUGACAAAAUGAGACUAGAAAGUAGAUAUAUCGAAGUAUUCACUGUUACGGAAAAAGAUAAAGCUACGGCAAAAGCGAGAGGAGCAGCGAAAGAUCAAGGGAAUGUGGUGCGGUUAAGAGGACUGCCAUAUACUUCUAAUAUUCAAGACAUAAGAGAGUUUUUAAACGGGCUUGACUGUGAAGAAGUGGUUAUCGGGCGAACGGGAGGGAGACCUAGUGGGGAAGCAUUUGUCCGUCUAGCCUCCAAGGAGCAAGCAACGAAAGCAUUGGAAUAUAAUAAGAACAGAAUGGGAACAAGGUAUAUUGAAAUCUUUCGCACAACCGCUGAUGAUCUUGCUCGACAUCGUCAAGAUCAAGAAGCUGGUUAUCCUAAGAGACGAGACCGAGGUCCUCCGUCGCUGAUGUCGAUACCUUACUCAAGACCACCGCGGGCUUUUGAAGGUAAUUAUGACCCAUUUUGGGAAGAGGAUCGUCGUGGACCCUUUAGUCGAGGUGGUGGGAGUUUUCGACAUGAGCCAUAUGCAGUAAGGGAAAGUUACCGUGCGAGAGAUAGAGCUUUUUUUGGCCCACCGAAGGUUUAUAUGAGAGGAAUUCCAUUUGAUGCUGACGCCCGGGAAAUCGAGGACUUCUUCUACCCCAUUCGUUGCAGAUCUGUUCUGCUCGGUUAUAAUCCUCAGAAUCGUGUUUCUGGAGAUGCGUGCAUUGAGUUCUAUUCGUUAGAUGAGGCAAAUGAUGCACUUAGAAGGAAUAACAAACAUAUGGGUAGAAGAUAUGUUGAGCUUUUCUCAAGUGUAGAUAUGCCUACUUCAAUGAGAUCUGCUACAUGGAGAUGUGUUAGUGAUCACAGAAUUCAUACGAAUAUGCCUCCAUCAUUCUCACCUCCUCCCCCUCCUCCUCCUCCUCCUCCAGCUUUACCUCGUGGACGAAACUAUGAUCAUUCUCCAUAUGCUCCCGAGAUGUUCAAUGCUUUUGAAAACCAAUACGAGCAAUAUGAUUCGUAUACAAACUUCGAAAGCUUCAACAAUUACGGUCCCCCUAGAAGAACAUUCGGUGGCAACGGACGUCAACCUUAUUAUUAA